GAGCACUACGCCACUGCUCGCCGAAACAGAUGAACAAGUCAAAAGACUUGACAGCCAGCUUGUCAAGGAGCAGUGACAGUUGCUUGACACGUAACAAUUUUGCAAAUCAUUCCAACUCAAACCAUUAUUCGCAUUACUCCAAGAAGGCAGAGAAUUUGUAAAAGUUUGUAGUUCAUUAUUAGUUGCUAUAGAGAUCAAGUUGGCAGGUAGAAUACUUGUUAGUCAGACCAAAUUUCUUUUGAGCUCAGUCUAACCGCAAAAAGACGUGCUGCAAAAAACGAGGUCUGAAACUACCCCAAUAAAUCUCAAAAGAAAUUUGUAAAACACGAUUGAGGGUCAAAGAAUGCCGGAAACUAGCCGUUUCGAUUGCCGUAGUUGCAGCCUGGCCAACAACAUCGACGAUAUGGUCGAAUGUGAAGGUGGACGCGGUGGUUGGUUCCACUAUGGCUGCGUAGGAUUCGAUGACGGAAAGAAGGAGGAGAAUUGGAGGUGUUCGAGUUGUGUAGCAGGGAAUGUGGCGACGGUACCGCCAGAGGGAGCAAUAGGAGGUAAUCCGGCAGCUUUCCAACAGCCAGUUUUCACCACUACUGGCAUUGGAACCGGUACUCCUGACCUGGCUGCAGAGAGAGUGAAACGUAACCUCAAACUGCUUGAGGAACAGCAAUCAUUCCUACUGAGGGAGAUCGAACUGGAGCAGAAGCGUGAUUUCGAGCAGAAGAAGCUGCAGCUGGAGAAAGAAGCGUGGCGAGUGCGGUAUGAGUUGCUGAAUGCGCAGACUGGACAGAUGCGAGGAGAUGCCAACGAGCCGGGGGCUGCUGUAGACUAGGCGAAUCGUCUAUCGCUAGUCGCUAGCAGCUUCAUCCCCACGUCUGGGGCAUCGAGCAGUACACCCACGUCAGCAAACACCAACGGAUCCAUCCCCACACCCCUUAUCUCUACCAGUGUAAUCUGCCCUCAAACCAAUGCCCUGGUCUCAACGUUGCCCACCAGAUUGCCUAAUGUCCACCAAGGAAUUAGCUCCGUGCCGUGCCAUACCGGACUGUCCUCCGUUACAAGCAAUAUUCAACAGUCAGUGGCGUCCGCUGGCACAAGAUCAGCCGUGAUAGACGUCCAAUCAGGUUUAACAUCGAACCCCUACACCAUGGGACCGACGCCAAGCUACAUCCACGAUUUUCUGGCCGGUGAUGGAAAAGGUCAACCCGGAUCAUCGACACCCAUCACGUCGGCAACGUCAGUGCCUUGGAGCGACCCGGCGACGAGCUACACGUACCUCACCCAAUCGCUGCCACCUACAAUCAGUACGGUAGGUUCAAUUGGGAGCUUUUUACUGCAAGCAGCACACGUAAGUCAGAA